CGUCUCUUUAGCGGCGCGAUUGUCCUCCGCUCCAGUGAAUAAACGGACGCGCAUCGCAUCUUUAAUCGGGGGUUGCGUGGGCCUCGGUCGCCGUGCCUUAUUUGCGCCACCAACGCCUAACGCAAACGGCUGUGUAGCUUAUCGAAGGUCCUCUGGGCUUCUGGGACAUUAAGUCUGUCCAGGCAUUUUUAGGCCCCCACAGUAGCCAUGGUGAAAAUAGGCAGCAAUCUGUCUGACAAACUGGAGAAGCAGCCGUCAGCGGACGACGGCUUCGAUAACAUCCCCCUCAUCACACCCCUGGAGGUCAACCAGCUCCGGCAGCCGUUUGCAGACAAGGUCAUUGUGAAGACGGUGACGCAAUAUCAGCUGCAGCAGAAGAAGAACAAGCUGUACGUGCCCAACAUCAAGAAGCUGAAUAUCAACUUCUACAGUGAUGUUUCUGACAAAGCCAAGAUUACAGGUCUGAUCCUCAUCACUUUGGCUUUCCUGACCAGCUUGCUCCUCCUGCUCAUGUACAAAGCCAUGUGGUACGACCAACUUACCUGUCCAGAGGGUUUCAUUCUUAAGCAGAAGCAUUGCACCCCGGCAGCUCUGGAGAUGUACUACACAGAGCAGCAGGAGGAGCAGGACCCGGGCGUCCGUGGCGGGGUCAACGCCGGGCUGUACGCCGCCCUCAGCCGCCUCAACCAGGUCAAGAGGACUGGGCCCGAGCUGCCAUCGCCGUGGUUACCAGUCGUCAGUGCUCCGAAAGAGGCCGAAGCGGCCAAACAAAGUAGUGAGCAGCUGAGAGGAGCGCUCGAGAGAGAGGAGUGACGGGUCCGACAGAAUUGCUCCCGUUAAACGGAAGAAGUGAUGAUGGGGCGGCAGAGUAGAUACAGUUUUGAUUGUAUUUGUUCAGGAAUAGAUUUUAGUUUCCCUCGUAGUCCAUCAAAUCACUCAUUUAUACUGGUGCUCCAAAACCAUAAAGGUGUCUGUAUAACUACUGACAAUUUAAAUCAGCUCUGUAAACCUCAUGUUUACUCAACUUCAAUCCAAUUAAAUUCCGUUAAUUUUUAUAUUAGCGUCUAAUACCCAACUUUGUGUGUGUGUGUGUGUGUGUGUGUGUGUGUGUGUGUGUGUGCGUGUGCGUGUGGUGAGAUGUUGUGGUUUGAAGCAGGAAUGUCAUUAAAGUGUUGAGGAAUGUGCCUGACUUUUACAGUGUUACUGAGGCGUGAGUAAUCGCCACCAUCUGCAUUCAGUGUGUGUACAUACACACUGUAAAUGCUCACAUGAACGUGAAAGCAUAUGUAUUGCAUGCAUGUUUGCAGUUGUUUGCUUUUGUGUGCGCGUGUGUGAAUGUGUGAGUGUGCGUGUGCCCGUGCACAUGUGUGUGUGCAUGUAUGUGUACUUGUCUACGAGAGUUGAAGGUCUGAGAAGAGAAGCGAAGCAACAGCUCGGGCUGCAAAGUGAAGAUAACAAGUUUUUAAUGAGAUCACAGCCAGUUUCUCCUCAUCCCUCCGUCUCCUUAUCUCGCCGUCUAUUCAGUUAGUUUCUUGGGAGAAUGUAUGAAAUCAUCAGCAAACAACCUCACACUUUAAACAUUAAAAUAAAGAACUGUAAUUUACCUUUUUUGUCUGCAAAUGAAAUUGUGCAUGUGAUCAUCUGGAGGAGGUAAAUUGCAGUCCUAUUAGAUAAAGUCAGGGUUUUCACAAAGAGGCUUUGGAAAGGAUCAAAGUAUUAGAAAUGUACUGAAAAAGACCAAGCUCUUUGUCAUUGUGGAUAAAUGUGUGUGAAAGGAAUUCCCAAAUAAAUAAAAUCAUCUCCAUUUCAACGUAAAUGAAUGACGCAAUUAAGUUUGCAACAUGUUAAUUGGGCUGAAAAUAUUCUGAUGCCACUGUACAUCUCUUCAUUAUGUUACCGAGGAUGUGAGCAACUUACUGUAAUUGUGAAUAAAGUUGUAGAGCUUUUAACUUAUUACUACAAAAUAAAUAUCUAAAUUUCAAUAA